AUCCUGCAAUUAAUAAGCAGUUGGAAGAUGGAUGAGUGGCUAGAAUAGGUGGAUUUGUAGCAUUGAUCCAAGAAUUAUGAUGUUUUAUUGGCCAGGUGCAGUAACUUCCUCUUGCAGCCCGAAUAAGGAACAAAAGUUUGCAACGAAUAAAAAACAGGCGAUACAAAAGUAUAUGAUGAAUAGCACAAUAUAAUUAUGUUAAAUAUCUAGUUUUAUAUAGAACGUGACGCACGUAAUCAUGAUAAAAUGCUUUAGAAACUCUAAAUCAUUGAAUUGUUCUCCCCCUCCUUUCAUAUUCUCUUGCGUGGCCUUCCGCGCAUUAUAUGUCCUAAAAGGGCUGCCGUACUUCGCAGUGCAGCGCGCCGCCGUUGCACAUCGUGGGGACGUUUUCCUGUAUCUUUUACUCAUUUGUUGUGCCAAACAUUUCAUUUGUAUGUCUUUUAGAGAUAUGCUAGGAUAACACUGAGAAACUGGACCCACCAUGAGUGACAUUCGCCAUUCCCUGCUGAGACGGGAUGCCCUGAGCGCUGCCAAGGAGGUGCUUUACCACCUUGACAUCUACUUCAGCAGCCAGCUGCAGAGCACGGCGCUGCCCAUCGUGGACAAGGCCACCAUCGAGCUGGUGGAGGACUUCAUCUUCCACGUCCCCAAAGACCGUGGAGUCCAGCUCAAAAGGAUGAGCUCCCUGCAGGAGCUCCAGCUGCUGGAGAUCAUGUGCAGCUACUUCCAGGAGCAGAGCAAAGACGCCGUACGCCAGCUGAUCUUCUCGGCCCUGUUCAGCCCCCAGGGCAACAAGGCGGACGACAGCCGCAUGGCCAUGCUGGGCAAGCUGGUUUCCAUGGCGGUGGCCGUGUGCCGCGUGCCCAUCCUGGAGUGCGCCGCCUCCUGGCUGCAGAGGACCCACGCGCUCUACUGCGUUCGGCUGGCUAAGGUCCUGGUGGACGAUUACUGCAGCCUGGUCCCUGGCUCCCUGCAGACCCUGCAGCACAUCUACACAGCCAGCCCGCGAUUCUGCUGCCAGUUCAUCACGGCCGUCACAGCGCUCUACGACUUCUCCUCGGAGGAUUUAAUCCCUUCCCCUGGCCUGCUGGAGAUGGUGGUCACCUGGAUCGUGGACGAUCCCAGGCUCACACUGAUCACGUUCCUCAACAUGCCCAUUUCGGCCAGCCUGCCGCUGGGCUCGCUGGGGGUCACGCCCCUGUUGGGCCUGGUGCGCUGGUGUGUCAAGGCCCCACUGGCCAAGCGGGCCAAGGAGUUGGCGCCGGCCGCCGACACAGAGCCCUUCUAUUCCAAGCUGCACUUGGGCGUCCUGCAGAUUCUACUGAUGCUCCAAGUGCACCUGACCGAGAAGAACCUGUUCGGGCGGCUCGAGCUGCUGCAGUUCGAACACGUGGUGCAGCUGGUGGAGGAGCUGGCCAGGCUGGUGGAGGAGCUGAACCCUCUCAAUGCCUCCAGAGAAAUCGAGCUCUCCCUCAACCGGCUGGCUCAGGUGCUGCAGGUCUCCUUGUCGGCUGGGGCCCUGCUGUGCACAAGAGAGGACCUCAGAUCUCUGUGUUCCAGGUUACCACACAACAACCUGCUUCAGCUGGUCAUGUCCGGUCCAGUCCAGCAGCCGCCUCACUCUCCUUUUCAGCCCGGGUUUUACCCCCACAUCCACACGCCGCCACUGGGAUACCCUCCUCGUCCCUCCCCCCCGGCCCACAGCACGCACCCACCUCACCCAGCGCCGCAGUUCCUCUCCGGGAUGGCCUUCCCCUACCGCCCCAUCCGUUGACCAUACCCCCACACCUCUUUGUAAAAAUCAGCGGCUUGUAUGUAUGUGUGUAUGUAUGUAUGUAUAUUGGCUCAUAUUGCCAUUGUACUAAACAUGGAGGUUUUGUAACAAAAUUAUAUGUAGGGUCUUGCAGCAUAAGCUGAUAAGCUGUGAAAGAUGAAUAAAUGUAUGAAUGUAUAAAUAUUAUGUUUUAAAUAUUUAAUGCUUCCUUUGUUUUAUCUGUUAUACUGUGACGAUAAACUGUGUUUAUCGUUAUACUGUAACGAAACAUGACUCUGGGAACAUGACCGACUUGUUGAUGUGUUAAAAUGGUCAAAUUUUGUGAAUGCAUCAAAUGUUUCAGAUGUCUGACACCAGUAUUGUCUCAAGAUUUCAUUCUGAACAGAGAAUUUUAUACAUUUUCCAAGCCAGCAGAUUGGCUUGAUAUCUAACCUAUUGUUGUUGAUAUGACUGUAAGCCCAAAAAUGGUAAUAUGUUGGUCUACCAAAGAAACUCCUGUAUGUUUGGCUAAAGUGGAAGGAAGGCUGCGAUUCCUACUUUAAACAUUUUUAAAAUAUAAUUU